AUGUUGGAUUCGUUAGACUUGAUAUUAAUCGCCGAGUUUCAUAAAUCGACUCCAUUUAUUUUUAAUUCUAUUAUCGCAGGCCAAUGUAGCUCUCGCCGGAAUUAUUUAUCGACCGACGUUAUUAUUGCUAGGUUAGAUGUUCAAUACUGUGGUACGUUGCGAGAUUCUUUAAGUCAGUUCAUUCGCUUCCGGGAAGAAAAGUACCAUCAAAUCUGCCGUUGUAAUAAUGAUGAGUCUCUGCACAGUAUGCAUCGCUUUUCUAAUAUCUUUGAAGACGUUAACAGCAUAAGCGAUCACUCACUACCUGGUAAAAAUAUUUAUCGAGCUGAGAAACAUCAACAAUCCAAACAGAAGUUAUUCAAAGAUAAAGAUGUUGAUGCCAAAAGUGAUCGUUAUUCCAGUGAUCUGAUUUUUAAUAGUCAAAAUACGCAAAUUGACUUCAUCCAAGAAAAGAGAGUUGUUAAUCUUGGAAUAGUUCAACAAGGUUUACCUCACUGGAUCAUCUAUAUCCCUAUUGCUCUCUACAGUAAAAGAUUUCGUCAAUUUCUACAGUUUAUUGUAGUACUCUAUACACUUUUCUCGGUAGUUUGGGCGACAUGGCAAUUAUAUAAGAAUGUCUCUUUUAUUAAAGUUUCAUUACAACCUUUAGUUAUUGCUAUGGGCCAUUACUUUGAUUAUUUCAUUUCCUUCGUGGACCAGACCCUGUUGAGAUUUACCCACUAUUGGCUUAAAUGCUUUAAACCGGUGUGUAUAUUGUUUACUUCUGCCUUUCCAUGGAUCUCAAUUUACGACUUUAUUGAGCAGUUAUUGUUUACGAUUCUAAUUGAUGAAGAGACAACCGACGCUUUAAGUAAUUUGUGGCGAUUACUAAAAUAUUUACUGAAUUUGGGUAUCCAUUCCUUUCGCGGUAUUGUAUUUGUUUUAGAAGCGUUGCGUGUAAAAAAAUUACUUGGUCUGCUAUUCGACAUUAUAGCCAACAUUCGAAAUAAUAUAAAUUCAACAUCUAUUCCAGUGUUGACAGUUAAAGAGCAGUUAGCUCUUAUCCGAUCUUUAACAGUUAAUCAUAUUCGCUCUCUUUACUUCGGAAUUUUUACAAUUGUGCGAGCGCAUAAUUUAAUUGUUUUUUGUGUCAUGCACCAGUAA